AUGGCUUCUGUCAUAGCAAAUUUAUGGGUAUCGCCUUAUUUUGCUUUACAUUCGGAGGGUAAACCUUGGUCAAGUGUUGUAGUCCCUGUUAGGAGUACUUUAGGCAGUGGGGAUUCAGCAGUCUUGUCUUCAAAUUCUGUGGAAGUUAAUGGCAAUUCUUCUGUUGGGGAGAAGGGGAAAGCUGAGUCUUUAAUUGAAGUGGGUAACGAGCGGUUGGGUUCGGCUGUUGAGCAGAAGUUGAGUGUUCAAGAUGUAGAUAAAUUGGAGGUGUUGUGGGAUGAUGGGUAUGGGACUCAGAGUGUGAAGGAUUACCUUGAUUUAGCCAAGGAGAUGAUUAAGCCUGAUGGUGGACCGCCCCGGUGGUUUUGUCCUGUCUCCUGUGGGUGCCCCUUAAAAGAUUCGCCUGUUCUUCUGUUUUUGCCCGGGAUGGAUGGUGUUGGAUUGGGCCUCAUUUUGCACCACCAAGCUCUUGGAAAGGUCUUUGAAGUUCGAUGCCUGCACAUUCCUGUUUAUGACCGAACACCGUUUGAAGAUUUGGUGAAGUUUGUGGAAAAAGCUGUGAGGCUCGAACAUGCUUCAUCUCCAAAUAAGCCAAUUUAUCUCCUGGGAGAUUCCUUUGGAGGAUGUUUAGCACUAGCUGUUGCUGCUCGUAAUCCUAUGAUUGACCUAGUAGUGAUAUUAUCGAAUCCAGCAACUUCAUUUGGCAGGUCACAGCUGCAGCCUUUGCUCCCUCUCUUGGAGACUUUGCCAGAUGAAUUUCAUGUCACAGUCCCCUAUCUUCUUAGCUUCAUAAUGGGUACAUUUCUAAAUAACCUGUUGCUUUCACUUGUGGUUGGAUUCAAAAUCUUAGUAGGAUUUGAAUCAAUCACAACAAGCUGGAAACAUUUAAAUGCGUCAAAUCGUGGCAUGCUGGUUGAUUGGUUGCUGUGUCAAUGACAUGAGCACUUCCUCAUUGUGAUAUGAGUGCCAGAAUUUGAAGCGAGUUGGUUGCCUUAUGAUUUGUGGAAUGAAAUUCAGUAAACAUUCUUUAUGUCGUCUGGAGAUGUUUUUCUAAUAAAUCCUCAC